AUGGUUUAAAAGUUUAAUUAAAGAAAUUUUAACCUUACUUUAUUGAUACUUUCAUUUUAUUCCUAUUAGCAUAAAACAAUGUGCUUUAUUAUUUACACAACCUUGUAAAAUUGUUGUAGUAACUAUUAGAAUACUUAAAUAUUGCAAAAAGCGGAAAGAUUCUAUAAAAUAAAUGAAAAAAUAACGAAAAAUACAAAUUAUCCACACUAAACAACGUUUGUUUGGAAAGUGAAACUGGCAGAUGUCAAUCAAAUCUACGUCAUCACUCCUGUGGUCCAUUGGGAUUGGUUAACUUGACAGAUCGUGCUUUGAACUAUUUUGCUAAAUUUUGACAGUGACAUUUGGAAGGUGAAGUGUAAAUAAUCCAAAUAAAAAGUCAUUAACAAUAUUUGUAAAUAAAAAUGUCUGCAGAACGUAAAAAUGCCAGCAGUAAUCAAAACAAUACUCUUCCUUUAGACCCUGUAUCUCUACAGAAUCAAUUACUUGUUGCUAGAAAAGAAAUAAAUAAUUUAAGGCAACAACUUAAUACUCUUAAUCAUGUUCACCGAAAAGAGCUUGAUUACAUCAAUAAGAAAUUGUCAGAAUGGCAGUGUCUAUCUUGUAAAAAGAAUCAGUGUAGUUCACCCCAGCCUGCACCAAAUUUAGAACAAGAUUUUACAGUCAACUACAUAGGCAAAAUAAGCACUAAAUUUCCAGAGAAAAGGGGUACUCCAAGGCAGCCCGGUAUAUGUAAAGAUAUGACAGCUAAACUAGUACUAGAUAAUAAUGUUUUCACAAAUCCAGAACAUGCAUUAGAUGGGUUACAAGAGUACUCUCACAUGUGGAUCUUAUUUCACUUUCACAAAAACGAUGGCACACAUGCAAAAGCUAAAAUAUCUCCUCCCAGAUUAAAUGGUGUUAGAACUGGUGUAUUCGCUACAAGAUCUCCUCAUAGGCCUGCUCCUAUAGGAUUGUCACUAGUUAAGAUUGAUAGAAUAAUGGAUAAUACUAUCUAUUUCAGUGGUGUAGAUAUGAUUAAUGAAACCCCUGUGUUAGAUAUUAAGCCAUACAUUCCCCAAUAUGACAACCCAAUAUAUUUGAGCAACACAAAUGACAGUAAUAGUAAUAGUACUGCUGACCCUGGAGCUAGUACAUCAAGAAUUUCUAGACCAACUUCACCAGAUGAGGUAGAUUCUGGUAGCCAUAGAAGCCCCCAAAUAAUAAAUAAUGAGCGCACAAUGGAUGGACAGGAAAAUGAAAGAAGAGAUCAGAUUGUAGGUGCUCCUGGUACGAACAAUGACCAUUCUAGAUCAGAGGAAGCAUUGUAUGCUCGGUCAAACUCAAGAAUAGGUGAACGUGAAGCUCCAGAUGGAGAAGAAGAAGAAUCUCCUAGAAUUACACAACCUCCAGUAGCAUUACCUGUAGCAACUACUCCAGAAGGGCAUAUUAGAGUGCCAGCUUGGAUUGAUCAGCCAUUAGUUCCUAGAUUGACUGUUGUAUUUAAAGAUAGAGCUUUAGCACAGCUUUUACAGCUUGGACCAGAGGGAGUAGAUAAGAAAAUAACAAUUUCCAAUGUACUUCGAGAAGAUCCUCGAUCAGUUUACUUAAGGGAAAGAUGGGGCAGCCACUGUUAUGUAUUUAGAAUAGCAGACUUGCAUGUUUCCUGUAAAUUUAAUGACAAUGCCCAAGUUGUCACAGUUUAUCAAAUUUUCCAAAAUAAUCAACUGCAAGGUACUGAAGAAUAAGAAAGAAAAUUGUAAUACAUGAAAACAGAUUUUUUUACAAUUUGGAAAGAAUCAGGAAUGUUAUUUAUCACAGACAUUUAGCCAUUAGAUUUUAGAGGAAAAUGACGCAGUAGAGCCAUUAGACAUCAUUGAAGAAUACUUAUUAUUUAACAUAACUCAUUUAGCAUCUCUAGUAAUAGCCAUUAGUGGAAAAUAUUUUCUCCUACGGUUUCUGUGCAAUCAGAAUCUGAUCUAUCGUUCAUAAUAGAAUAGAUGCUGUGUAAUAAAUGCGUUAUUAGUGAUAUAGAUUUAUUCUUUGACUUAAUAUAUUAUGCAUAAUCUAAGUAAUUUAUUGUAACACUCCACAUGAAGUGUAGAUUACAUGAACUGAUGAAUUAUAAUUAAAUAUAAAAUUUACAA